UUUCUUCUUCCUGUUAACGACUACCGAUACUCCGACUACCCGUCUAGGGUUGAAGUGCCUAUGGACCUCACCUUCGUGCUGAAUCGCCUUGAGGCCGAUUACUAUGGAUCUCGUCCUAGCGUGGUAGCUGAUGUUCGUCUAAUCCGCGACAACUGUAUCAAAUACAAUGGAGAGAAU